AUGGCCAGCUUCACUUCUCUUCUUAUAGCAUACGUGCUGGGCGGUUUCACAUUCGUACCUCUAGUGAUUGCUUCAGUACUGGCGUUCAUUUUCUACACCUCUCCCGUUCUUGACGAUGCCGCGAACGAACACAAAUGCAGCCUUAUUGUUGAUAAGGACGAUGAUACAACCGCCCUCGAGGCCGCUAAGCGGUCGCACAAGAAGGACAACCGCGCGCACGAGAACGACCUCGAUGUAGCAGCUGGCUUCUUCGCCGUGUGCAGAGAGUACACGCCUAUGGGCAUUAACGCAAAGCCCAUCGAAAGAUCAACCCCGGUGGGCUCGGCGACCGUGGCCCCUUCAAGCCCCAGCGUCUACCAGACUAUGUACCGGAGCAUAUUCGAGAGGAAGUCCACACCAGGGCCUAUGGAUAACAACAGUACCACUACGAGUCAGCGACCCAAGAAUGCUGGUAACGUAUUUUACGUGGUCUUGAGACAUGGCCACCUAAUGCUGUUCGAUGACGAAGAGCAAGUUGAAGUCCGACAUGUUAUUUCCUUAGCAUAUCAUGACAUUAGUAUAUACUCUGGCGGCGAUGUCACCCCGGAAGGCGAGCUUUUUAUCAAGCGAAAUGCGAUCCGACUAUCCCGAAAACCAGCUGGCACCGAAUUGGCCCCCGAUAGUCCAGUUUCGAAACCCUUCUUCCUAUUCUCAGAAAACUGUUCAGCCAAAGAAGACUUUUAUUUCGCUUUACUCAAGAACCAAGAGCAGACAUAUGGGGCGGAUGGACAAGUACCAAGGCCCUUGCAUUUUGACGUCAAGAACAUUAUCUCCCUGGUUCAGAAACUUCACUCGACAGAAGAGAAUGUCCAUUCGAGAUGGAUCAAUGCGCUGUUCGGAAGAAUUUUCUUGGGAGUCAACAAGACGAAGGAUAUUGAGGCUUUCAUUCGUGAGAAACUCACCAAAAAGAUCUCUCGUGUCAAGAAACCCGCCUUUCUCACCAACAUUACCAUCAACGGGAUCGACACCGGCGAUGCGGCUCCCUUCUUUAGCAACUUUAAAUUGAAGGACCUCACGGUUGAAGGAGAAUGUGUCGUGGAAGCCGAUGUCAAGUACUCAGGAAACGCUCGUAUCGAAAUUGCCGCUACGGCAAAGAUCGACCUCGGAAGUAGAUUCAAAACUCGAGAGGUUAAUCUUGUUCUUGCAGCUGUACUCAAGAGAACCGAAGGCCACAUGCUGAUCAAGAUCAAGCCACCACCGAGCAAUCGAAUUUGGGUCACCUUUCAGAGCAUGCCAAAGAUGGAAAUGGAUAUUGAGCCCAUCGUUAGUGCGAGACAAAUCACUUAUACAGUAAUCCUUCGCCAGAUUGAGAACCGUAUCAAGGAAGUCAUCGCGGAGACUGUCGUAUUGCCAUUCUGGGACGAUAUGCCCUUCUUCAAGACAGAGCACAAGAAAUGGCGAGGUGGCGUUUUCGAUGGAGACAAUGCCACAGUCCCAACUGAUGAUGCCGAAAGCAUCGUAGCAGCCGCAGGAGAUGUUGCUGCUGUCAGCCAUCUUGACGGAAACCCGGACCUGACAGAGGAGACACGACCUCUUGAGAAGAGUCAUACCAUCCCCGUCAUGGAAGCGACGCCACCACCAACAGGCCUUUUCGGGCGUAGGCUCAGCAGGACAGGCACCAACCCUCAAGCUUCUGCAUCAUCAACCAGUGUCGACUCCAAAGGUCCAGGAGCGAGCCCAGUCUUAAAGCCUAAGAUCUCAAAGACAUCUCUCCAACCUGUUGUGGACACUGAUAUCGCCCACGCCGACGUGUUCAAACCGUCAACUUCACCCCCUGACCAUGCUACCAAUUACAUGGCAGCUCUGCACUCACGCUCACAAGAUGCGUCUCCUCGACCGCCCCAAGCAGCGGAUGUACCACCAGUGGCUUCAUCCGCUUCUCAACGUUCCAAUCGCUCUUCACGCUCAUCCUCGUCUGUGAACGACGCUGUAAACAACGGCGUAGCAGAAGAUUCCCAGAAAACGCCAGUUGCUAUGGGACGUCGCAACACAACUUCAUCGACCGGUUCAGGGUCUCACGCCGAUGAAAGACCUGCUUCCUCUGCUUCAUCCCUUAAGGAAUCUAUCAAGAGCCAAACGGGUUCUCUGGGAAGGGGUUUCUUCACAAAACAUAACCAUGGGGAGACACCAGUUCAUGAAGAAGAGGAAGAGCCAGAACAUAGUGAAUCUUUUCGGGACCCACAGCAAGAUCAGAACUCAAAUCACAAGCAUACCACACUAGCUGCUGUGUCUAACGCAGCAAUGCAGGCCAAGCAGUGGGGUUGGAACGCCUACCAGCGACACAAGGAGGCACGAAGACUGGCUGAGCAAGCCAGCCAGCUUGAUCUUAGCCAACCCAUGGGCCGAGGUCAACCCUUGCCUCCUCCUGGAACACCCCUUCCUAAGCCUACUAAUGGCAUGACGCGGAUAGCACCUCCGACGAGCGUCCCUGCGAGAAAGCCAGUCCCCAACUCAGCUGCGCACAAUUCAGCCGAGUCUCUCGAGACUCAUCAUGAGACUCAUCACGACCAUGAUCAUGACAACCAUGGCGAAUACCGUCCUCCACUACCCCAGCGCGGACGACGCAGACAGAGCCACGCUCCCGAACCAGAUAACGUGCAGAAUGUGCUCGUCGUCGCUGCUCCUGAAGACUCCCAGCCAGCUACACCUUCGGGAGAUGACCCCUUGAACCAUCAAAUUUGGGCUUCGAGCGAUGAACAGACCGUGACAGACAGCGGUACUUCUCACGCUCCCUCGAUGCUCACUAAUGAGUCUUCUCUUGUGCAGGAGGACAACAAGCCAGACAGUCCAGUGGAUGCACUACCCGCCACCUCUGCAGCGGCUGACGACGACGACGAUUUCUCUGGCUGGAUGGAUAACGAAACUUUAGAUAUGGAAAUCAAUAGCCCUGUACGGUCUACUGCUGCACAGGAAGCCAAGUAG